UUUAUUCAGAGCUUUGCUAUAGCAAGAGAUUUGUUCAUCAUCACUUGCCUUUGGCAGAGGCUCAAAGACAAACAGGUAAGUGAGAAGCUUGAUGAAAGUGGUGGUGGGGGAGAAGCCCCAGGUAUCCUCUGAUUGUAGGUGUUUGGCAUGGAAAAUGGGGGCAGGCUACAAGAAUCGGGAUAUUUUGUAUGAUUUCUUUGGAGAACACAGUUAGCUUCCUCUGGUUGGUCUUGAGGCCAAAGUAAGGGUGAAAAUAGAGAAGCUGGCAGUAGUUGACCUACACUUGACUGUUGUGGUCCAAUUGCAGAGGAGAGGUUCUGGUUUGGUUUUCUGAGCUUCAUAGGUGGUUCAGAGUUCUGUUAUGUAAUGUCUGGCCAUUUAUUCAUAAAUUCUGUCUUGGGCCAUACUUAGAAACACACUGGUCCUCUAGUGGUGUGGUUCCAUACCCUGAAGGUGGCUGGACUGUAAGUUCCACGGGAGCCAUGGACCACCACUUCAAAGCUCUAUUACCAGUUCCCAGCCCUAUCAGGUAGGUGCUGAAAGGCACUUAAUAAAAUCUUGCUAAUGAGGGAAUUAAUGAUAAAUGAAAAUAUUUCGUAUUGGUUUUUGUUGGAACAGAAAACGAACUUUUCUGGUGCAGCACACGGACAUCCUUAUGUGAACAGUCUGGCUGUCACAAGAAAGUCUGCGGGUUGCUCCUUCUAGCUCCUUGGGCUCUAAUACAGCCGCUGGAAUCCUUGCAAAGGGACUUAGCCUUGGCCCUGGACUCCCGGAGUUUUUCUCAAAGCCUCCAGGUUAACCCUUGAUGUACCCAUCCGUCACCCACGGCUCCCUCCUGAGCGCUCCGCUCCUGGUGGGAUGGCGUUUGUGGGAAAGGGCGGCUACUUCUGGCAAUCUGAAGACAACCCCAAUUUGAAACCUUCAGUUUGGUCCGGUGUUCUCCGCACUUUCCCUCUCACUCCCUCUCUCUCCCGUGAGGGCCUAGGCUGAGGAGGGAGGGAAAACACGCACACACUUAGACGGUCUUCGUUCGGGACUCGCUCGGUUUAUCUAAGAGGACGCUCGAGAGUGCGAGAGGCCGAGAGAGCCAGGAGAGGGGCCAGCCAGCGGUGCGGGCGGCCUCCUCUGAGAAGCCGUCCCACCUGCUGCGGGGGAACCCGCGGGGAGGCGCCGCCCCGCCCCGCUCGCUGCGCUGCCAGGCGACGGGGGAGUUCCCGCGUGUGGCCCCGCGCCCAGGCUGCGCGGGGGGCUGUUCGGGUGGAGGCGGGGGAGCAGCCGGGGCACCAAAAUAGGAGCCGCUUGUGGGCUGGAGCUGCACUAGCAGGCAGCCUCCGCUGCGCUGCUUCCAAAGAUGGUCAGAGGGUCCGGAGGCGCCCCCGCCCCCGCUCGCCGUUAGCCCGGGGCCACCACCGCGUCCCGGAGCUGCCAGCGGAGCCAUGGCUCUAAAAGGACAAGAAGAUUAUAUUUAUCUUUUCAAGGAUUCAACUCAUCCAGUGGAUUUUCUGGAUGCAUUCAGAACAUUUUACUUGGAUGGAUUAUUUACUGAUAUCACCCUUCAGUGCCCUUCAGGCAUAAUCUUUCAUUGUCACCGAGCUGUUUUAGCUGCUUGCAGCAAUUAUUUUAAGGCAAUGUUCACAGCUGACAUGAAAGAAAAAUUUAAAAAUAAAAUAAAACUCUCUGGCAUCCACCAUGAUAUUCUGGAAGGCCUUGUAAAUUAUGCAUACACUUCCCAAAUUGAAAUAACUAAAAGAAAUGUUCAAAGCCUGCUUGAGGCAGCAGAUCUGCUACAGUUCCUUUCAGUAAAGAAGGCUUGUGAGCAGUUUUUGGUAAGGCACCUGGAUAUUGAUAACUGUAUUGGAAUGCACUCCUUUGCAGAAUUUCAUGUGUGUCCAGAACUAGAGAAAGAAUCUCGAAGAAUUCUGUGUUCCAGGUUUAAGGAAGUAUGGCAACAAGAAGAAUUUCUGGAAAUCAGCCUUGAAAAGUUUCUAUUUAUCUUGUCCAGAAAGAAUCUCAGUGUUUGGAAAGAAGAAGCUAUCAUAGAGCCAGUUAUUAAGUGGACUGCUCAUGACGUAGAAAACCGAAUUGAAUGCCUAUAUAAUCUACUAAGCUAUAUCAACAUAGAUAUAGAUCCAGUGUAUUUAAAGACAGCAUUAGGCCUUCAGAGAAGCUGCCUACUAACAGAAAAUAAGAUACGUUCUCUUAUAUACAAUGCCUUGAAUCCCAUGCAUAAAGAGAUUUCUCAGAGGUCUACAGCCACAAUGUAUAUUAUUGGAGGCUAUUACUGGCAUCCUUUAUCAGAGGUGCAUAUAUGGGAUCCUUUGACAAAUGUUUGGAUUCAAGGGGCAGAAAUACCAGAUUAUACCAGGGAGAGCUACGGUGUUACAAGUUUGGGACCCAACAUUUAUGUAACUGGAGGCUACAGGACAGAUAACAUAGAAGCUCUUGAUACAGUGUGGAUCUAUAACAGUGAAGGUGAUGAAUGGACAGAAGGUUUGCCAAUGCUCAAUGCUAGGUAUUACCACUGUGCAGUCACUUUGGGUGGCUGUGUCUAUGCUCUAGGUGGUUACAGAAAAGGGGCACCAGCAGAAGAGGCGGAGUUCUAUGACCCACUAAAAGAGAAAUGGAUUCCUAUUGCAAACAUGAUUAAAGGUGUGGGAAAUGCUACUGCCUGUGUCUUACAUGAAGUCAUCUAUGUCAUUGGAGGCCACUGUGGCUACAGAGGAAGCUGUACCUAUGACAAGGUUCAGAGCUACAAUUCAGAUAUCAAUGAAUGGAGCCUCAUCACCUCCAGUCCACACCCAGAAUAUGGAUUGUGCUCAGUUCCAUUUGAAAAUAAGCUCUAUCUAGUCGGUGGACAGACUACAAUCACGGAGUGCUAUGAUCCAGAGCAAAAUGAAUGGAGAGAAAUAGCUCCCAUGAUGGAGAGGAGGAUGGAGUGUGGCGCCGUCAUCAUGAAUGGAUGUAUUUAUGUCACUGGAGGAUAUUCCUACUCAAAGGGAACAUAUCUUCAGAGCAUUGAGAAAUAUGAUCCAGAUCUUAAUAAGUGGGAAAUAGUGGGUAAUCUUCCAAGUGCCAUGCGGUCUCAUGGGUGUGUUUGUGUGUAUAAUGUCUGAUUAGAUCUGCCAGAAUUAACCAAGUAAUCACUCUUUGGAGGUAUAGUAAAAAGAAUGCAGAUUUUGGAGUCUCUUACUUGUCAUUGUGGUCUGGAACGUGAUAAGAGAUUGGUAAAUUUUAAUUCCUGAUUGUAUUCUCAAACCCAGUAUUUUAUGGUCAAGAAAAAACUUAUAUAAAUAUACAGAUGAAUCAGUAGGGUUAACCCCUAUAAUCUGUGCUUUUCAAAGGUAGUAUGGAAUAUUUGACACUUGGUAAAGAACCUUUACAUUGAAUCUUUACCUCCUGGUAGCAUCAGCACUGGGUGUAGGUAGAAAUCAUUCUUUAUACUGAAAUAUGUCUUAAGAGCCUAUGAUAUCACAGGUAGUGUAUCUUAAGGUUUUUGUUUAGCUGGCAGGAAUUUGAAAUUUGAAGAGGGAAUCUUCUCUACCUCUACAAAAUCAACAGGUAAAAAAUAAUUUCCCUUUAGAAUUAUUUAGAAUGUGGACUGAUUUUAGUUUUUUUCCUCUGUAGUGUAUAUAAUUUAUUGUUAGUAUUCUUUAUUUACUGACUAUCAGAGAUAUACAAAGUACUGUGCAAAAGAUUAUAACUGUUCAGAGUUUAUAAACUAAAAUUAAAAGAAGAGCAAGUCUGAAAAUUUGUAGAGAAAGUAGUCAAAUAUCUGCUGAUGCUGAAGGCUAUUUUUAAUGUUCAGCUUUGAUGUAAAUUGCUAGUUAAGGGGUCUGUAAGCGUGUCGGGAAAUCCUUUUUUAAGUAUAGAUACUUUUCUGCAUAUAAAGUUGAACUUUAGAACUAGAAAGCGUGUAGAUCAGUUGUGAUUAGUAGAAAAUACAUUGAGGAGAAGAAAUUUGCAUUCAUUUUCUAGCUGUCAUUAACUAGGUUUUGAGACUUGAGUCCCUAACCUAUGCACACUGGCACUGAUGUUUACAGAUGUGUCUAGAAACAGAUCCCCUUAAGCUUUGAAGCUAGAGAGAAGGCCAGGGUGACUGAAGCCUCCCAGAAACACUUUUGUCCAUCUUCCCUUGUGCCUGUAGCAGGGUCCCUCCUAUACCUGCCAUAACUUGAGAUGAGCUAGGAAGCACCGCUUAAGUUAAUUCAUAAAAACUUUUAGUCAUUUGUGAGACCGUCUAUUCCAUACACUCCUUUUUUUUAAAGAGACAAUAAUUGGUUUUCACUUUUAAUACUUAAGUUUAAAACUACUUCUCAUAAAAAAAAACAGACUUUUGGACAGUCACUGUUUAGUUCAUUCAUUUCAGAUGACAUUUUACAUAGAUGCAGCCCUUUGGGAAUGCAAUGUGGUACUACAUAGCAAGGACCAUAAAAAUGACUGUAUUCCUUGCUCCAUAAUUCUAUUUACAGAUUUUUAAACUAAAGAAUUAUACAAGAAAAAGUAAAUGCAUGAAGAUAUUUGUGUCUGCAUUAUUUGUAAUAGCAAAAAUGAGAAAAAAAUCUACAUGUCAAAGAGACAGCUAAUAAAAUAAUGAAGUAUACUGAUAUAAAAACAAUUAUUUGAAAGACUGUAGAAACAUGGGCAUGUCUAUGAUGUGAUAAGUAAAAUAAGCACAAUGCAAAACAGUAUGUACAAUCUGUGGCUGUGAAGUCUAUGCAUGUGGAAGGUAAUAUGCAAAAUAAAUUCGUUAUGUUACUGUGAGGAGAUAUGGAAUGAUUUUUAAUUUAUUUAAAAUUUUUCUUUAGUAUUACUUUGCAUUUUCAAUAAAAAUAAAUGAAUCACUGUC